GGACGUAUACUGACUCGACCGCGGAAACGGCAAGACACAAUGUAGAUUGGUUUUAAAACUUUUAAUUAUAUGAACGAUUUGAAGACAAUUAUGAGUGGUAGAAAGAAACACCGUUCACCAGUGAAAUGCGCCGUGUUUCAGGCAAUGCAAAGUGUAGACAUAGACUCUCUAAGCGAAUGUAGCGAAUCCGACAUUCGACCGGUGCUCGUCAGCCUUGUUCGUAUGGCGUUGUGCUCCCCUUUGGAAACAAGCGAUAGUUGGACGAAAGCAAGGAAGGAUGUCUUGAAAAUACUGUCAGGUCUUGACGUUGUGAACAGCAUCGUCGCUCUGUUAUCCAUCGAUUUUCAUGCAUUAGAACAAGACGUGAAAAAGGAACAACAAUUGAGAGCUAAACUGGGAGGGAACCAAGGUGACAGUGUUCUUGUGUCACAGCUGCAUCAUGGGCUUGCGCUGGAGUUUGAACGGAGUGAUGCACCUCGACGAAUCCGACUGUUACUGAGUGAACUUCUUUACAUCAUGUCCGAGAUAAAAGAACAGUCAAAGGGAGGUAACUACCAGAAGCAGAGUGAGUUGUUUGAGAGUGAGGUAUACCUGGAGGAGGUGUGCGAUGUCCUCUGUAUAGCUCAAGCUGAGUUGCCGAACCUCCUACCAAUGACAGAGCUAGCGGAGGCUCUGCUGUGUGUGAAGAACGGAGCCUGGUUGCUGUGUCAGCUGGUGUCCAAUUCUCCACAGUGCUUUAUGACAGUGUGUAGCAGCCUGGUGUCGCGGGGGGAGCGUGUGGACGAGGAGACGCUGGGAGGCAGACAGAGGCUGGAGAUGCUGAGGAUGUUGUGCACCAUCAACCCCAAGGAGGCUCUCAAUGUCAGGAGGAUGUGUAUCCAACACUGUACGAUGCCUGGCUUAGCAAUAGCUUUAACAUUGCAAGUAGCGGAAGUGUCUCACUCAGAGGAGGAACUUGUCUCCUUCGUCAGCUGUUUGUUGCUGGGCAAUGACCAAGCAGUGAGACUCUGGUUCUCCCAGUUCAUUAAGGCUGGCCAGAAGGGAAAUACAAGCUCGUUUCAGCGGAAGCGUGAACCAUCAGGCUGUAUGCUGUACACGCUGCGACAACAGCUGCUGGACCAGGUGACCUCCAUCGUUCCGGCCACACGGGGAGACAAGAUGGCAGAGAGCGGUGUGAUCCAGGCCAGCAUGCUGAUACGGCUCUACUGUGCUCUGAGAGGGAUGGCCACACUCAAAUACUCUGAUGAGGAAAUGGUGGCUCUGCUGGACCUUGUAACAGCUCGACCUCCUCCCUCGAAAGCUGGUGCUCACUUCAUAUCCCUGGGACUGUGCACCCUCAUAGCUUGUCCGUAUCUCCUGGGAUCCUUGGACCAGGAGCAGCAGGUCAUCGACUGGAUCAAGUGGCUCAUGACAAACGAGAGCAUCUUCGAGAAGGAAGCUGCAAGUGGGACAUCAUUUGGUGAGAUGCUGUUCCUGAUAGCCCUGCACUUCCACAACAACCAGAUACAUGCCAUAGCUGACCUGGUGUGCAAGACUCUCGGCAUGAAGAGUGCAGUGAAGGCCAAUGCUCUGUCCAGGAUGCGGCAGAUCUUCACACAGGAGCUAUUCACAGAGCAGGUGAUAGCGUCACAUGCUGUCAAGAUCCCCGUCACUCCCAACCUGAACGCCACCAUGUCGGGUUACCUCCCCUUACACAGCAUCUGUCAACUACUCAAGAGUCGUGUUUUCUCCAAACACAAAGUUGCAAUCAAGGAUUGGAUCUACAAACAAAUAUUACACAGUUCUCUCCCCUUACACCCUCUCCUGCCUCAACUCAUAGAGACGUAUGUGAACUCAAUCAUUGUGAAAGGUGCUAAAACUGAACACACCAAUGAGCCGCUCACAGAGCAGGAAAUACUGGCUGUGUACAGAGACUCAGUGACACAUAAACAAUCGGCUAAACAGAGGCAGCAGUCGCCAUCGGACAUACGCCAGGACAAUCUGUCUCCACAGCUGCUGGUCUUGUAUUAUGUGCUGCUCUAUGAGGAUACACUCAUGAACCACAUGAAGACUAUAGUGUUACUAAAGAGUCCGAUCAAAUCUUACUCCGAUACCAUCAUGUCGAAGAUCCCUAUCAACUAUCUCAUCCAAGCAGCUCUCAAGGAACAACAGAUGUAUGCUGGCCUGUUUGCCCCUCUCACAAGGCUGUUGGUGACUCAGUACCCACACCUGUGUCUGGUGGAGGACUGGCUGGAAGAGAGUCUCACAACGCAGCAGCAGCAGCAGAUGAACAAGUCCAAGGUGGUCCACUCCUUCUCUCCAUCAACAUAUCAAGAAGCAUUAUCGGAGCUGCAGUCGUCUCCCACAAAAGUGAUAGCUCACCUAGAGCACCUGUUGUCUCUUCCCUCCCUGGAGUUGAUGCCUUACAAUGAUGUGUUGAUCUCCAGCCUCCCCACCUUGCUGCUGGAGGGUACUCCACGACGUGUCCUUGACCUUGCCAAGAAAAACUGGUUCAAGGCUCAUGCUGUAUCCCCGAGAAGCAUCCGCUUGAUGACCGUGAACGCUCUGCGGGCCAAGACACACGGGGUGUUCCAGGUGAUGCCCCACACAGAGCAGGACAUUGUGGUGGACCCCCUCAUAGUGCUCCGAUGUGACUGUCGAGUCUUCAGAAACCCCUCAAUCCUGGAGAUAGUGCUGCGUAUCCUGUCUGCAUACACCCAGGCAUGUCAGGUGUAUUUGACAAACCACAUCCAGACACACCCAAUCCUGGACAACAACCUGCAUGCAGAACAUGAGAGACAGGACCUGAAGAUAGCUCUGUCUGCAGCCCAGGAGAGCGCCAUCAUACAGAUCCUGCUGGAGUGCUGUCACGUUGACAAGGAGGAGACCCCCACAGGACAACUGUCCGAUCUACGCGAGGUCCAGUGUCUGAUAUUCUCCCAUCUCCACCAAGUCUUCAUCGCCGACCCCAACCUGGCCAAGCUGGUCCACUUCCAGGGCUAUGCCAGUGAGCUGAUCCCACUGCUUGUGGCCGGAGUUCCCUCCAUGCACAUCUGUCUUGACUUCAUCCCAGAGCUGCUUGGUCAGCCACAGACAGAAAAACAGGUGUUCUCCAUCAAGCUGUUGAGUCAUCUGUGCUGCCAGUACUCGCUGCCCAAGUCACUCAGUGUGGCCAAACUAGGUAUCAACGUCAUGUUCACCAUGCUCACAGUCCUAGAGAGUGAGAUGAGAGUUCUGUUCUUCCAAGAGACUGUGCCCUGCCUGUUUAACAUCUGCAAGGCUUUCCCUCCUCUGUGUGAUGAUGUCACUUCACUUCUCACCCAAAUCGGCCGAGUCUGUUUCUCCCAACUCACAACCACGAACUCAGAGGUGGCGUCGGGUAAGUGCUUGAUGAUGUCAUAUCUCACCCAGAUCCGCCGAGUCUGUUUCUCCCAACUCACAACCACGAACUCAGUGGUGGCGUCGGAUUUCUCCUUGCUUCCAGGAGAGGAUGGUCACCUGGACAUGCCAGAACCCACAUGUAAGCGACAGCGGGUGGGUGUGGUCUCCUCCUACAGCCAACUGUACAAUACUGUACAACAGACAUUCCAGCAACUGGCCAGUCAAGCUGUUGUCACCAACAGCAUCUUCUGAUUACUCAAUAAACUUGUAUAUAAAUCA